AUGUAUAAUUUGAAAAAUUUGUCUUUGACAUUCUUUUCCUUCUUCUGGUGUUAUUGGUGUUUUCAGGUCAGUGCCCACGACAAACAGCAAUAUGUAAAUAAUAUAUUUGCGGGAACGGACCAACUCCAUUCACACGAUAAUUUCGAAGAUAAGAAGCAGACUAUCUCAAAAAACUUUUAUUCGUUUACCGUAGAAGAUAUUCAAGGUAACACUGUUGAUCUAAGUGAAUAUGCCGGAAUGGUUUCUCUUGUUGUGAAUGUGGCCAGUGAAUGUGGCUAUACAGAUGGACAUUACCGGGCAUUAGUUCAGCUUCAGCAGACACUUCGUAAAGCGAAGUUCACUAUCUUAGCAUUUCCCUGCAAUCAGUUCGGACAACAAGAGCCUGGGGUAUGCUCUCUCUCUCUUUCGUUUCCUCUCUCUCUCUCUCUCAUUUCCCUUUCCCUCUCUCUCUCUCUCGUUUCCAUCUCUCUCUCUAUCUCUCUCUCGUUUCCAUCUCUCUCUCGUUUCCAUCUCUCUCUCGUUUCCAUCUCUCUCUCGUUUCCAUCUCUCUCGUUUCCAUCUCUCUCUCUCGUUUCCAUCUCUCUUUCGUUUCCAUCUCUCUUUCGUUUCCAUCUUCUUUCGUUUCUCUCUCUCUUUCGUUUCCAUCUCUCUUUCGUUUCUCUCUCUCUCUUUCGUUUCCAUCUCUCUUUCGUUUCUCUCUCUCUCUUUCGUUUCCAUCUCUCUUUCGUUUCUCUCUCUCUCUCUUCGUUUCCAUCUCUCUUUCGUUUUUCUCUCUCUCUCUCUCUUUCGUUUUUCUCUCUUUCGUUUCUCUCUCUCUCUUUCAUUUCUCUUACAGCAAGAUCGCACACCCAUGUUCUUUUCUCUGUCCAAUUACCAAUGGGUUCUUUUUCUUUUCCUUUUUUUCUUUUCCCUCUGUUUUCUCUUCUCUUUCUUCUCUCUCUAUUCUCUUUCUUCUCUCUCUUUUUUCUUUUUUUUUUUUUUUCUUCUUUUUUUCUCUUCCUUUUCUCUCUUCUUUCUUCUCUUUUUCUUUUUUCUUUUCUGUUUUUAUGA